UUAAUUUUAAAGAAUAUUUUGCUACAUUAAAGUGCGAGAAUCAGGCUACGGUCUUUGGCAAGUGAGCGUGCGCUUUGUGGUGUAUCCCUCGUUAACUUUUCAACGUGUGCUGUUACCCUAAUCGCCGGCUAACCAUGUCACAGAUGGGCAGUUUGAAUGCCGUACGGAUCCUCAAAGGCGAGGCCGAAGAGGAAAAGGCGGAGACGGCACGGCUGUCCUCAUUUGUGGGCGCGAUCGCGAUCGGCGACCUGAUGAAGAGCACGCUGGGACCCAAGGGCAUGGACAAGAUCCUGAUGUGCCAGGGGCGCCAAGAUAAGGUCGAGGUGACCAACGACGGGGCCACCAUCCUCAAGGCAGUUGGCGUUGACAACCCUGCUGCCAAGAUCCUCGUCGACAUCUCGAAGGUGCAAGAUGACGAGGUGGGCGACGGGACGACCUCCGUGACAGUGCUGGCGGCCGAGCUGCUCAAGGAAGCCGAACAUCUGGUCAGCAUGAAGAUCCACCCGCAGACCAUCAUCGGAGGGUGGCGCCAGGCCACAGCGGUUGCCCGACAGGCCCUGGAAUCUUUUGCAGAGGACCACAGUGCCGACGAGGCUCGUUUCCGGGAGGACAUACUGAACAUAGCGCGCACCACACUGGGCUCCAAGAUCCUGGCGCAGCACAAGGAGUUCUUCGCCCAGCUGGCCUUCGAUGCCGUCAUGCGACUGAAGGGCUCGGGCAACCUGGACGCCAUCCAGAUCCUCAAAAGGCUGGGCAGCAACCUCACCGACUCCUUCCUGGCCGAGGGUGCUGGUGCCCGCGUUGCCUAG